AUGGCUGAGGACAAGCUCAUUGAAUUAUACCAUUUCUUCCAAGAGUCAGCGGUUAUUCUAUCGUCGACAGGUCUCUACAAAGCUGCUAAAUGGUCAGCCGAAGUUCUUAAUGGGUUACCAUCAUUGACAAAACCUCAAACUCAAAAAUUGGAAAUGUUCCAGCUGCUGCUAGAGGCUAAAGACAAUAAAAUUUGCCAACAUGAAAUGCAGGAGACGAGCAAGAUAAUUCUCGCAAAAGCCUAUUUUGACUGUAAAGAAUAUGAUCGGGCUGUCAAUUUAUUGAAGAAUUGCAAAUGUUCCAGGGCGAUAUUCAUCAAGUUAUAUUCAAUGUAUAUUAGUUGUGAAAAGAAGAUUCAGGAGGAAUUCCAUGAGAUUUUGGGAGAAAAACAUUUGAGUUAUGAGAAUAAGAAUGUCUCUAUGAUUCUUAGAGAAAUUGAGCAGUUUUUCAACACACUAGACUCAGCAGAAGAGGCCAGUUACUUGGAACAAAUAAAUUAUUCACUAUUAUAUUAUUUGGCAGGAAUGAUAUAUUUGAGACAGAAAGACUAUAAAAUGGCUCAACAAAAUUUUUUCGAAUCUUUGAAGCUAUAUCAAUAUAAUUGGGAAUGCUGGAAUGAUCUAUUAUCAAGUUGUACCUCCUUUGAUGAAGCAGUAAAUGUCUUGAAUAGUAUAACGGCGUUUGGUAUUGGUGAUUCCAAGUUGACGAAAAAAGACGAUAGACACGGGAAAAGCUCUUUGCUGGGUAGUAAGCAUGAGUACAAUGACGCAUCUGAGGCAAUUUAUGAUGAUAUUAUGAUGAAAAUAUUUACUAUUGUCAUUUAUCAAGAAUUUUAUCAACAGAAUACAGGGUUAUAUCAACUGCUAGACAAACUUAUAGAAAUGGUACCGGGGUUUGUUUUUUUGAAAACUCAGAAGGCUUUGAUUUCGUAUCAAGCCUUGAAUUAUCCAUUGGCAGAAUCACUUUUUGACGAGAUUUUAAUAAUUGAUCCUUACAAUUUGGAUCACAUGGACACAUACUCAAAUAUUCUCUAUGUCAUGGAAAACAAGGCUAAACUAUCUUUUCUUGCACAAUUUGCCAAUUCAAUCGACAAAUUUCGUCCCGAAACCUGUUGUAUUAUUGCCAAUUUUUAUUCGUUGAAGUUCGAGCACGAAAAGGCAAUUAUGUAUUACAAGAGGGCCUUGAAUUUGAAUAAGAAUUGUUUGAGUGCCUGGACUUUGAUGGGGCAUGAGUUUGUUGAAUUGAAGAAUUCUCAUGCGGCGAUCGAAAGUUAUAGAAGGGCAGUUGAUAUUAAUCAGAAGGAUUUUAGAGCUUGGUACGGUUUAGGCCAGGCUUAUGAGGUACUCGAUAUGUAUCUAUAUUCAUUAUAUUAUUAUCAACGAGCUUGUGAAUUGAAGCCUUUGGAUAAACGAAUGUGGACGGCUGUGGGUAAUUGUUAUGAAAAGUUGGGUAAAUAUAAGGAAAGUAUUAAAUCUUAUAAGAAGAUUUUAAAUAUCAAUGUUAGUGAUGACGACGUAACUUUUGUGUUAUUCAAAUUGGGGAAAUUGUAUGAAAUGGUUCAAGAUACGGAAAAUGCCGAAAUUUAUAUGAAAUUGUGUUUUAAUGAGGAAGAAGCCACGGGAAUCAUGACCGAAGAAACCAAUAAAUCGAGAUUAUGGUUAGCUAGAAGAGAAUUGGGGAAAGGCAAUUACAAAGCAGCUUAUGAUUAUGCCAGUGAAUUCAAUUCAGGGACCAGCCAAGAGAUUGAAGAAGCCCGAGCUAUCAUCAGGGAAUGUCGAAAAAGGUAA